AUGAAUAAUUGCUCGAGAAGGCGAGAGACCGAGUGUAUCAACAACCGGCGACCUUUACGUACAACUCCUUCUCUGCGCGAUUCAAUUGCCCUCUUGAAGAUUUCAUGGCAUUUCACAUCCAACGGAUCUACACGUUCAUUGAAUGUGUGUUUAACAACGAAUGGGGCUGUUUUGAUUCUCAAUGAAGAAAAGCUUGUUGCAAUUGAGCUCGCUUUCAACUGUUUGCUUGUAAGCAACCAAACACUUGAUUAGUAGCUAAUAAAAAUUUCGUUAUCUUUUUUCCUGACAGAUUUUUUCUUAUCUGAAAGAAAUUAUGGUUGA